ACGGCGCCGUAAAGCAAGAUGGCAGCACUCUCUUUGAGGCAAUUGUCUAAUCUCCGUUUAAUUUCCAACCUUUCCCUAUUCACCAGGGUCUCUCGACUUUCAUUAUCCUCCGUAGUUUUUCUCGGCACAACCCUCCCGUAUUUCAGUUUCAUUUAUCAGUGGUAGAGGACGGGCUGGAGGCAAUGUAAGGAUGAUGUAUUUCCGCUUCCUUUCGGCCUCGUUGUAUUUGGUUGGACCAGCUUGUUGCGGGGAGGGCGGGGGAAGAUUGUUUGCAGCGGAGAUCCGCGCACGGGAAGCUCCUCAGAGACUCUUAGCCAGCAGCCUCUGCUCAGGCCCAGCCUUCUCUCUCCAGUUGCCACCACAGCCUGGAGGCGCCUGCCUCCGCCCUCCCGAAUGGUGCUCCUCCUCGCAGGCCUCGGCCCAGGAUCCAGGCCCCCUUUGCCCCCCGCCUCGGAGCUAUUGCUCCGGAUUUCUCCUGGUGGACUCCCUGUGACUGGGAGGGAAGGACUUUUGCAUAUACAAAGCUAUAGCUCUUGGGACCCCACUGGCCACUUGAAUCUCGGCCUCUAACCGAGUCUGAGGUUCUUCUUGUGUCCUGUUUCCACCCUUGGAGAAGAGAAACCCUUCUUGCCACCCAGAGCCCAGGAAGCCCCAAGCUGGGGCCCUGGUCCCAGCAUGUCAGUCCUCUUUUAUGCUUAGGGCUGUGCCUUCUCCCUGCCAGCAUGGCUGAACUCAGGCAGAUUCCAGGGGGGCGGGAGACCCCACAAGGGGAGCUUCGGCCUGAGGUUGUAGAGGAUGAAGUCCCUCGGAGCCCAGUUGCAGAGGAGCCUGGAGGAGGCGGAAGCAACAGCAGUGAAGCCAAAUUGUCCCCAAGAGAAGAAGAAGAACUGGAUCCUAGAAUACAGGAGGAGCUGGAGCAUCUGAACCAGGCCAGUGAGGAAAUCAACCAAGUGGAGCUGCAGCUGGAUGAGGCCAGAACCACCUACCGGAGGAUCCUGCAGGAGUCAGCAAGGAAGCUCAACACGCAGGGCUCCCACUUAGGGAGCUGCAUUGAGAAGGCCCGGCCCUACUAUGAAGCUCGGCGGCUGGCUAAGGAGGCCCAGCAGGAGACACAGAAGGCAGCACUGCGGUAUGAGCGGGCUGUGAGCAUGCACAACGCUGCCCGGGAGAUGGUGUUUGUGGCUGAGCAGGGCGUCAUGGCUGACAAGAACCGGCUGGACCCCACAUGGCAGGAGAUGCUCAACCACGCCACCUGCAAGGUGAACGAGGCAGAGGAAGAGCGGCUUCGUGGUGAGCGGGAGCACCAGCGGGUGACGCGGCUGUGCCAGCAGGCCGAGGCUCGGGUUCAGGCCCUGCAGAAGACCCUCCGCCGUGCCAUUGGCAAGAGCCGGCCCUACUUUGAGCUCAAGGCCCAGUUCAGCCAGAUCCUGGAGGAGCACAAGGCCAAGGUGACGGAGCUGGAGCAGCAGGUGGCCCAGGCCAAGACCCGUUACUCAGUCGCCCUGCGCAACCUGGAGCAAAUCAGCGAGCAGAUUCAUGCGCGGCGCCGGGGCCAGCCUGCUCAUACCCUGGGCCAGAGGCGCUCCUCUCCAGUGGGGGCGGAAGCUGGGCCUGAUGGUGGCGAGGAUGCUCUGCGGAGGUGGAGUGAAGGCUUUCAACUGAGCCCUACCAGAGGCUUGCUUAUACUCAUGCUACUCUUUGUAUACAUUUCCGCCCUGCUUAACUUAGAUUUCUGCCUGUGGCUUGAGGCCCAGCUCAUGUGGAAUUUUGACCAAAGGCCUUUCAGGUUUCCCAGCUUUCCAGCCAAGUCUGAAUUAAUCCCACCACCCAAGUUCCACAAGGGUCUUCUGACUUAA